UCUGGAACAGUUCAUCUCGAUAUCAGCUAUACAAUAGCGACCUACCCGCUCGUGCAGCAGCAGCCCACAUCACAAGCGGCGGGAAAAAGUGUAUCUCUUUCCACCGCGUUGUCGCCGCCGCAGUUCAGUCGGCUCGGCAGGCCGAUAAGGUCGUGAGAUAAGGUCGUGAGGGUGCGGGGCUUCGGGGAGAGAAGGAGAGGCUGAUGGAAGUGACGGAGGACUCUGCGGUGAAGGACUUCCUAGAGAUACUUGAGGAGCACCGGCGCAACUGUGAGCGGCAGGGCAAGUAUGUGGAGGCGGAGAUCGCGAAGAACCGCUUGGACGAGCUCAAGCUUCACGAGGAAAACAGAAGAAAGGAGGCGAUGCGUUCGAGGCAAAUCGCGGAGAGGCUCGGGGUGGAGGAGGCUCACAUGCUAGAGUUCCAGCAGUUCAACAUGGUCUGGGACAAGAGGAUGGCGGACUACGAGCACCAUGCCGAAGACAUGGUGUUCGCAAUGAGGGAGAGACACGGCGCUGAGCUUCGUGACUAUCAACGGAGGCUGUUGCAGGCCCAGCCUCGCCCGAAGUUCAGCCGUGAGCUCCUGGACCUUCGACGUAUACAGGAGCACCUGGCCAAGGCCAAAGACUACGCGGAGGCCCACAAGAUGAAGCUCAAAUCCGACGCCCUCGAAGCCUGGGAGCUGGAGCAAUGGAGAAACAAGAGGCAGGCCGACUUGUGCCAGCGGGAAAGCAAGUUCAAGCACGGAAAGGCGCAGGAAAUGGCAGCGCUACUCCAGCGGGUGAUGGCGGGACGAGAGGAGCAAAAAAAGCAGCGGCAGAUGGACCUCGAACGUUUACUGCAAAGGUAUCAGAACGUGAAAUCAGAGCUCGAGGCCCAGCAGAAGCUCGAAAGGAUCCGCGCGGAGCGGCAGUCUUCCUCGAUGGGGCGCGUAUCAGCGCCAUCGGUGCACAAGAAGGCCACCACCGUGAAGCACUCGGCAACUGGGGGGGGGGGCGCUAGGGGCGGCCGACGAAGCAGUAAGCACGGGGCUUGA